CCUUUCUCACACAGAAACAAUCACUCCCUCUCUCCGGCAUGUUUCCCAAAGCUGCACAUGGUUACUGUCCAAGGUAUUACUUUCCACUGGUUCUAUAGCAAAGAGGCAGCAUGUUAUAGAGGGGUCCUCUUGACACACCAUCUAUUGGAUGCUGCACCCACAAGAGUCCUCAACAUUGGAUUAGUCUGCAGAUUUAGUGAUUUAUAUCUUGUAAGCAAACCGGUAUUCUUCUUGAAUGAUGCUGUGGAUUCUGAUACGUCUUUGAAAUACAUCCCAAGUUUGAAUAAUCAGACAGGUGAAAUAUAUUUGGUCUCAAGUCUCCUCACUCAUCUUUACCAAACUGACCUGGGGUGUUUUACAGAAUCAACAUGAAAGAUAGCUAUUGUGGCUACGAGAACCAGCUUUUUAAUGAGGAGGACUUAACUGGAGAAGAAGAGGAAAUUCCUCCCUUGAGAGGAAGGGCAAGAGGAGGAUGUAUGAAAUGUCAGCAGACACAUUCUCUUCAGCUAGCUGUCAAAAUGCUCUAUGGCUUUUUAGCUUUGCUCAUUAUUGCAGUGGCUGUCUUGGCAUCCCUUGUCUUCAGGAGAGUUGACAGCUUAUCUGAAGAGGAAUUAUUUUAUCACAAACACAUUUCCAAAGUCCAGGAGAGUAUAAAAGAUAUCAGCACUGCAAACAACUAUUCCAACUGCUUAGAUGUUGCACAAUUCCAAGAGGAGAUUGCCAGACUAAAGAAAGAGUUUGAUGAGAUCCAGAAGAUGGUACUCAGUCAAAAGCAGCAGUUGGACCAGGCGACCCAAUCUCAGCAAAGUCUUACGCAAUCCAGCAACAGAAUGACAAGAGACCUCCAGGCCUUUGGAAUCCUCAUUAAGCGUAUAAACCAGUCUCUGGGCCAAUACAUGGAUCAGGUAACUGGCUGGCAGGUUGUCAUCAAUGAAACUGAUCAAGGGAUGAAAAACGUUCUUGAGGAUUCGUAUGAUUUGAAGGCCACAAUGCAACAAGUCAACACCACUGUUGCACUUAGUGCAUUGUGGAUAGGUGCUCUUCAGAGGAAGGCCGAAGAGGAGACCUUGGUGCUCCAAAAAAUUACAGCGGACUGGCAGAAUUACAGUAGAGUUUUAAGUGCCCUGAAAUCCAAUGCUAGCCUAACCAUGCAGACCGUGAGGGCUGUUCAAAGUGGGGUCUCUGCCACUCACCAGCGUAUCAGCAUGAGUUCAGAGAUGGUACAUGACCUCACUCUGCAAGUCAUGAACCUUCAGAUGCAACUGGACAAUGUCUCGUCUUACAUUGACGAACAUGAGGAGAACAUGCAUGACCAUCAGUACCACGCAAAGUACUACGAAAACCGAACCGGGGAACGAUUUGUAACAUUGGAUGCAAGAAUGAACUCCAUUGAAAUGGAGAUCGACACUGUUUCUUCCAGCAUCAAUGCAACCGUCAGCCAUGUUCAGAGCAUGUACAAGUAUAUCAACAUAGAGAGUUCCUCUUGCCAAUCCAGAUUGGGCAGUCACACGGAAGAUUUGCAGAACUUGAACAACACAGUCUUGCUUCUUCUUCACCUAGCCGACACUCUGAGAAUGCAGUACAUGAUGCUGAACGUACGCCUCGAAGCUGAUGUGAGGAACUUAUCACUGGUGAUGGAGGAGAUGAAGCUAGUAGACACCAGUCAUGCAAAGCUGAUCCAGAACUUCACUAUUCUGAAAGGUAUGCCUGGUCCACCAGGUCCAAAGGGAAACAGGGGAGAACCGGGAGCCAAAGGACCUCUAGGUGUAUCAGGACUGAAAGGAGACCGGGGAAUUGUAGGAAAUCGUGGACCUCAAGGAUUAAAGGGCACUAUGGGAAUUAAGGGGGAUCAAGGUGUGCAAGGAGCUUCUGGGAUGAAAGGUGGGCCAGGACUUAAAGGAGAAAAAGGAUCUUUAGGACAACCAGGGCCUCGUGGUGAAAAGGGACAGAAGGGUGAUAUGGGGGCUUCUGGGAAGGAUGGAAUUCCUGGCCCCAAAGGACCGGCAGGAAUACGGGGACAAGCUGGACUCCCAGGGGUACAUGGACCUCCUGGACCGGUAGGAAUGAAAGGCCCUGUAGGACCACCGGGGCCGCCUGGAACACCUGGACCACCAGGGGAGCCUGCCCAAAAGUCAUGAACAGAUAGACAUACAACUUAAAAAAACCCAAAUGGUGAUACACUGACUGCCUUUCUGGACAGAGCUACCAUCUUGCAGUAGAUGGUGGUAGACGUCGACUUGGAGGUCUCUCUCUAAACAAGACGAUGGUGGAACUCUUGGAAUCUUAGAGGCCCACAUACACAAUCCCCAAACAUGGAGCUUGCUCUGAACAACAAUACACUAUGUAUAGGCUUUCAACACACUUAGAAAAGAGCUCAUGCACAAUUCUAUAUAUGAGCCAUUUCACAACAAUCUUAUUUUAACAAUGGUUACAGAGCCAGGCUGCUAUGAAACCAUUAACUAUACUAAAUACCAUCCAUUAGACUCAACAAUUAUCCAGCAUCAGCAAUUGAAGACAGAUAAAUCAGAAACAAUUUAGACUUUAGCUUUUUAGGGAGUGUAUUUAGUAGUACAGCAACAUUUUCCAUUUUGUAUUUGCAUCAUAAUCCCAGAACAUUCAGAGCAGGUACUCUGAAACAUGAUUUUUAUUAUGAGUUCAAGUAGACCAAAUAUUUUCACUCAUCAAAGGUAGCAUAGAGCUCCGGAGGUUGACGUCACGCUAUCUAAACUCCGCCAUUUUGGCAGGCCAUCGGGAGAGCGCUAGAGCGGCUGUAGCAUUGGUAUUGAUAGUGGUUGAACAAUAAUUUAAAACCAGACAAGUUUAGACCUUACAAACCUUAAUAUUUCAACAUGCUGGGCAGAGCUGCUGUGCACCAGGAUGCCAGAACAGGCGGGGGAAAGCAAAGGGGAAAUCGUUUUAUCGUAUUCCUAAGGAUUCCGAUAGAUGGCUGAAAUGGUUCACUGCAAUAAAACGUGCUAACCAACACAACAAAACAACAGAUGGUUUUAUUUUUAUUUUAUCUCAGUGUUCCUAUAAGUGCUGUAUAAGGGUUUUUAUGUUUAAUAGUAACCCUAAAAUUACAUGAAAAAGUUUAAAAUGUGUUAAAGGGAUAGUUCACCCAAAAAUGAAAAUUUGAUGUUUAUCUGCUUACACCCAGUGCAUCCAAGAUGUAGGUGACU